UGCUGGGACAGGGUACCCCCCCCCAUCUCUAGGCCGGCGCUCACCCUGGAGAUGGGACGUGGGGUGUCUGAAGAGCACAUGGGGACUCGCUCCUGUUGGAGGGUUGAGAUGGAGACAGAGAGGUAGCAAGAGUGAAAGAGAACAUAGCACUGUAGCUUCCUCCAGUAAGGUGGAAGCCAGGCUGGAACCUGGGUUGCACAGGUCGCGAAGCAGCACACAAUAGAGCGUGUGACAUGAGUGACUCUGAGGAUGACAACAUCCCCCAGCUUUCUGCUCACACCUUGGCGGCUCUGCAGGAAUUUUAUGAUGAGCAGAAGCAACAGACUGGCCUGUGUGUUGUUGGGGAAGAGAAAUACAAUGUUGGAGUCAUAGAAGAGAAUUGGCAGUUGAGCCAGUUUUGGUACAGCCCGGAAACGGCCCUCCGGCUGGCAGAGGAGGCCAUCGCAGCAGCCGGCAAGGGCGGCAGAAUUGCCUGUGUGAGUGCCCCCAGUGUGUAUCAGAAAUUGCGGGAGCUGCGCGGGAACAGCAUCUCCGUCUGCCUCCUGGAGUAUGACCGGCGCUUUGCCAUCUACGGGGAGGAGUUCAUCUUCUAUGACUACCACCACCCGCUGGACCUCCCAGACCACCUCACAGCACACAGCUUUGACCUGGUGAUAGCGGACCCACCCUACCUAUCCUCAGAGUGUCUGCAGAAGACGGCAGAGACCAUCAAGCACCUGACACAGGGCCGAGUCCUGCUGUGCACAGGCGCCGUCAUGGAAGAAGAGGCAGCAAGACUUCUUGGAGUGAGGAUGUGCAAGUUUAUUCCAAAACACAGCUGGACUCUGGCGAAUGAGUUCCGCUGUUAUGUGAACUAUGACUCUGGACUUGACGGAGACAUGUAACUCAGGCGGGCAAGGCACUGUAGCGGAGGGCUGUGUGUGGCCUGUCCCUUUGGGGGUUUUACCAGGGGACCAGGGCUUGGCAGCCUCCUCCCCUGCCCCCAGCCAGGCUGUUCCUGCCACAUAUUACAGCUUCCAUACACAAGCUAAAAAUGUCAAAAUAGCUGUUAGUCUCUUUCCAUUUCCGUCACCAGUGUGAUUGCUUUUCAGUAUGCAAGUCUUUCAUCUCCUUCAUUAAAAUAUUUCCAUGGA